AUCAAUGCGGAAGCGACUAUGAACGGCUACAGCGCCAACUGGUAUUAGUGUUUUUAUUGUUAAUUUCAGCCAUUAAUAUAUAGUCUAAAGUCCGUUUAUUAAAAACCGAAUUAGGUGGCUUUGUAAUACGUUGUUUUACAGUACUUCCAUCUUAAAAUGGGAUGUUAUGGCUUUCUACCUUCCCCUAUAUUUGGGUAAAGUGUGUGGAAAGCGUCAUGUUUGCUAGCUAGCAUCUUUACAAACAAACCCGUCCCUUUAAGUGUCUGUCAAACAGCAACAUGAAAGUUCGCUCGUCCGUGUUUGCCUCGUUCAUUUUAAUACUUGAAGGGAUUGGCGUGGCCCUCUUUCUGCGGGGUUUUUUCCCUGUCCCUCUCAAGUCUUCCAUCUCAUCCAAGAACAAGCUGUCAGACCUUCCCGUGGAGCCGCUGACAGGAAGUUCUCCCAACUCCUCCCGCCUCCCACAGCCCCUGUUUAAGAGGGUGGUUAUAAUGUUAGUGGAUGCUCUGCGGGAGGACUUUGUGUUUGGACCCAAUGGCCGCAUGUACAUGCCCUACACCCGACACCUGGUGGAGAGGGGCUCCUCAUACAGCUUCGUGGCCAAGGCAAGACCCCCCACCGUCACCAUGCCCAGGAUCAAGGCUCUCACCACUGGCACUAUUCCAGGCUUCAUUGAUGUGGUAAUGAACCUGAAUUCUCCGGCACUGCUGGAAGACAACCUCAUCUGGCAAGCCAAAGCAGCAGGGAAGAGGAUGGUCUUCUACGGGGAUGACACCUGGGUGCGCCUCUUCCCCAAACACUUCAUGGAGCACGAUGGCACCACCUCCUUCUUCGUAUCCGACUACACAGAGGUUGACAACAAUGUGACCCGUCACUUGGAUAGCACCCUGAAGAGAGACGAUUGGGACAUUCUGAUCCUGCACUAUCUGGGCCUGGACCACAUCGGCCACAUCAGCGGACCCCACAGCUCGCUCAUCCAACCCAAACUGAUGGAGAUGGACGACAUCCUGAAGAAGAUUCACAGUGCCCUCAUUUCAAAGGAGGCCGAGGGGUCCUUGCCCUACCUGCUGGUGCUGUGCGGGGACCACGGCAUGUCGGAGACCGGCAGCCACGGAGGAUCCUCCGAGCCGGAGAUCAAUACGCCCCUGGUGCUCUUAAGUCCGGCCUUCAAAAGAAAAG